GUUGAUGCCAAUAGGAACCCUGUAGCCAUUAUGCAUGUGGAGUUGCAGGCCACAUGUAGUGCCCUAGGAUACCUAGAGGGUAAUCGUUAUGUCAAGGAACCAGACUGUCUGGAAACUGUAAAGGACCUGAUUCGAUUUCUGAAGCGGGAAGAUGAAACUUGUGAUAUUCGACGACAGCUUGGUCAUGCCCAAAUUGUACAAAAGGACCUUGUUCCAUUAGUCAAGCAGUACCAUGAGGAACGGCAACUCUUUGAGACACUUAUCAGGGUUUUGGUGAACUUGACACAGCCUGCGAUUAUUUGUUUCAAAAAUGCUAUCCCAGCUGAUAAAACGAUGUACAACUAUUACCUUGAGGUCGAGGCAGAGCUGCAAGGAUACAAAGAGGUGUUUGUGGACGAAGACUUCUUCAGUACAUUAACAGAACGAUUAGGACAACUAUUGAAGCUGGACUGGGAACAUCGGCAGGAGGAGGACCGUCUCCUCAUUGAGAGAAUUCUCAUCCUCAUUAGAAACAUCCUCCAUGUACCACCCAAUCAAGAUCAAGAACAGAGGACAGAUGAUGAUGCUACUAUCCAUGACCAAGUUAUCUGGGCCAUACACUGCAGUGGACUAGAAGAUCUCCUGCUCUAUAUAGCCAGCUCGGAGGAGGAGCGUCAAUUCUCUAUGCACGUCCUUGAGAUUGUGUCUCUGAUGUUUCGGGAGCAGACACCAGAGGUGCUGGCCUGUGCUGGAGUUCAACGAUCACAAAGCCAGAAGGAGAAAGAUGAAAGGGAACUUGAGAUGAUUAGAGAACAGGAACGGGUGCGAAAAGUUUCGGAUCACAAGAAGUUUAGUACCAGACAUUCACGAUUUGGUGGGACGUACGUUGUGAAGAACAUGAAAUCUAUCAGUGAAAGAGAUGUCAUUUUUCAUAAAGCACAACAUGACGUUAGUAAUUUAUCUUUUGAUGUGAACAAAAAACCUAAAAAGAUUGCAAAAAACAGACAGCCAAUCAAGGACAAGGAUUUGGUCCGACGUUCAACUCUGAGUAUUCGUCUUGGUCUGAAGGAGUUCUGUGUGCAAUUCCUGGAGAACUGUUACAACCCUCUUAUGUAUGCCGUCAAGGAUGUGCUGAAUCAUGAGAGGACACAGGAACAUGAUGAGACAUACUAUCUAUGGAGCAUCCGAUUCUUCAUGGAGUUUUGUCGCCAUCACAGUAAGCGUGUUGAGCUGGUGUCGGAGACAAUGUCUGUCCAAGCUUUCCAUUACAUACAAGUACAAAUGAUACAGUACUACGAGAUGCAGAUGAUGGAGAAAAAGGAAGCCAUUGUUUGGGGCAAGCGUGUACAUCUGGCCCUAAAAGCCUAUCAGGAACUCCUGCUAACGCUCGACGCCAUGGACCGAUCCAAAAACCCUCAACUUAUGGAGAGCUCCAAAGUCCUGAAGGGCAACAUCUUCUACAUGAUGGAGUUUAGAGACAUAUUCCUGACACUACUCAGGAAGUUCAAUCAGAGCCAACAAUCCAGGACUUAUCUAAAAGACCUUGUAGAGACUACUCAUUUGUUCCUAAAGAUGCUGGAUAAUGAAACACAGAGAAAUUCCCAUCUUGUAGUCCAGAGCAAAAAGAAGAAAAACAAGAAAAGACAGAAGAAAGAUGUUUCAAAAGAAAAUAUUGAGCCUCAAGAGCACACCCCCCAACAAUUAGAGGACAUGUGGGACGACCUGUCAACAGACUUAUCCUCCCUGUUCCAGGGACGUGGAGAGAUACCAACAGAUGUCUCUCCCUUUGAUGCUGCUUCAGAAAUUGAGGAGGAGCAACAAAGGGUCAAUGCCAUGAUAAGUAUACAGGAUGCUCUGCGACAUUCCCAGCCAGGAAAUGGCAUUGCACUCCUGAGAGCUGCCAGGGAGAUCUGGCCGGAGAGGAAUGAGUUUGGGAGUGUAGACAUUAGUCCAGAGGAAGAGUUCAUGGCCUUGAGGGAAAUUUUUAUGGCUACUCUACCAAGGGCACCUCCAGAGAGCCAGGUAGAGGAGACAACAAUGGAUGGGUAUGAGGAAGGAGCAGAAGUUGAGGAAGAGGAGACAAGGGCUACUAGUGUGUCUGAGCAGGAAUUUAACUUCAAAGAAUUUGUAAACAAGUUCAGUUCUGGUAAUAUACUGAAGUGUUAUGUUCUCCUGUUGGCUGACUUUGACAAGAACACCACCCACACAAACCACUGCGUGAUUAAGAUGCUACACCGGGUCAGUGUAGACCUUGGACACACAGGUCUCGUAUUCCAGGCCUCCCUGUUCCGACUGUUCCAACGUAUACUGCUUAGUCCGCUCGCCAAACUUGACCGCUACAAGGAGCUUGUAAAGUUUUCUACGUUUACUGUACGCAACUUUGUGGAAACAGCAGAAAAGAACCCCAAAGCCUUCAUGGAAUUACUGUUCUGGAAGUCAAGCAAGGAAGCCAGUGAAUUAGUAGAUGGAUAUGGUACAUACCAAAGUAAGGGGAAGGUGUUGUGGACAGAGGAGCUGGAGACUGAGGUACGACACCUGUUUGAGGAAUACCGGGACCAAGACGAUUCCAGUAAAGAUGUGGUGGAUUGUAUCAUGGAAAGAAUCACAGACCCCGAAAAAACACGAGGCCAGGUCCUUAGGGAGCUGAAGAAACAGGGCUUGAUUGGCAGUGUCAAAGACAUAAAGAGGAAAAAGGCAGGUGGACAACCAGGACCUUGGACAGAAGAAGAGGAGUUUGACUUGGCAAACCUCUAUGACCGAUUUCAUUCAACCAAUGACCCACUUGGUAGUAUUAUGUCUCACAUGGAGGUCAAACGCAGCAAGACCAAGGUCAUUGAGAAACUGUUUAGUCUUGGACUGGUGAAGGAACGCAAGGAGCUGUAUAAGCGACGUCAGCGGAAGAGGGGUGGCUCAGGCAGUGAUAGCGAUGACGACAUUGACAGGAUGCAGCAGAGGGAAGAUUUUCAGGAGCUUCCUUCAGACUUUGAAGAAGAAGUGCUGUCCUCUGGAGAUGAGGGUGAUGUGUCUGGUGAUGAUGAUAAGAAGGAAGAUGAAGCUCGGGGUCGUACAUCGAAUGAUGGAGGACAGGAUGAUAUGGCAGCCAUCAUUACUGAUCUGGUGGCAAAAGGUUACAAUGACCAGAUCAAGUGGAUACAGCGUGGUUUGAGUCGGACCGCUGGGGAUAAGGAGGAAUCAGCCAGUAGUAUGCCAGUUCCCAUUGUUCCACUGACAGAGGAGAAUGAAACAGCCAUGGAAGAUGAAUGCUUUCUGUCUUUCCUGAAGAAAAUUGGCAUCUGUCCUCCUUCCAGUGAGCAGGAGAUGUUUUGGCGUAUCCCUGGCGAUUGGAGCCCCGCCCAACUGAGGCAGCUUGUGGAGGGGCUGACACUUGAUGAACAAGGGGUUCCAAGUCAGGCACAUACAAUCAAGGUCCACCGACCACCCGCUCCCAAACCCAGCAAGAAAAAAGUCAAGGAGGCGAAGAAGAAGGAUAAUCAGAAAACAUCCGAAAGGAUGGAGAGAUUGAAAGCCAUAGCAAAACAACGACAGCAGGAUAAGGGCAAGAAGCCCAAGAGAGAUAGAACAAGAAAGAGAAGAUCUGCUUCUCCACCUGUAGCAAGGAAUGACAGUGAUGAUGAUGUGGAAUUUGAAGGUCAAGGUCAUCAAGUUUCCGAGGUGACAGACACUCCAGCUAACAAAACCACAACAAAGGUUACUCCACCCUCCAAGAAAAAGUCCCGCAUCAGACGUAUACAGGACUCCGACAGUGAAGAUAGUGAUGCUGGACCAGCUAUGCCUGCUGAUGAUGAGACAGCCGUUACCAGUGACACCGAGGCAAGCCAGUCACAGAAGCGCCCUCUAGAUUUAGGUGACAGUAGCGAUGAUGAUGAACCAUUACAGCCAGCCAAGCGUGCCCGUAUCCCAUCAAAUGCAUCGGAAAAUAACACUUCACCAUCAGACUCGGACAGUGAUGUAGAAACUCCUGCACAACCAACUAAGAGUGUCCAAAUGCAGUCCGACUCGGACAGUGAUGUAGAAACUCCUGCACAACCAACCAAGAGUGUCCAAAUGCAGUCCGACUCGGACAGUGAUGAUGAUGUCCCUCUAGCUUCUAAGCUUAAGCAAGGCUCUUUUCCAGCAACUCAGUUCAGUUUGGAGAUGGGAGAUAACUCUGACUCAGAACUUGAUGACCACAUACCACUCCGACAGGUGCUCAAUAAGAAAAACAGGAUAGAAAGUGAUGAGGAGGAUUGAACAUUUUAAAAAUUAAAUGAGACUGGUUGUAGUAAUUGCUAGGACACAGUUGUGGCCUUAGCCCUGGGAAGAGUUGCAAUGGAUAGUUAUAAGUGAUGAUCUUCACCAAGGAAACAGUUCAUAAGCAAUGGUUGGUGACCUUGACCCUGGAAACCCUGGAAACAGGUGUUGAGGAAAACUAGUGAUGUUCACCAUAUGAACAGGGUGACCCAUCUUCGCUAGCCAAGGCUUCUGAUUACGUUACACUCCACGAACCCUUGGCAGAUAUAGGCGUCAGUUCUGGCCCUCUAGCGGUGAUUCGAAAUUGCCACCCUUCACGCAUGA